AUGACCCUGGAGGCCAGUCUUCCAGAUGAUGCAGCUACAAGACGGAAGAGAGGUCUUCUGUCCCAUAUCAGAUUUUACAUGAGUGCCAGAGAGCUGGUGACACGAGAGUUGUCCCCACAGGUGAAUGGGGCUGAGUGCUCCCACCACUCUGAGUGUUCCAGUGACUGCUGCCUAAUAGACCUGGACCGUGCUGGUGCCUUCUGUGCCCCUAAGGCCAGAAUCGCCAUGCUGUGCUUGUUCCAGACCAAGGGAGCCAUCAACAUCAUAUGCCCCUGCCAAAGCGGCUUGAGCUGCAUAUCCAAGGACCCAGUCUGUUCCCGCAGGUGCCAUUUGAUUUAG